GGCACGGAACGCUCCUCUUCGCGGACGGGGUCUUCGAGGGCCAGUGGGCGAGCGGCAACGCCCACGGGGAGGGCGCCGUGCACUUCAAGAACGGGGACACCUUCAGAGCAACCUACGUCAAGAACAAGAAGUGUGGGCACGGCGUGUACCACUGGGCGGACGGCGCCGAAGAGGCGGGCGAGUACGAGGAGGGCACCAAGCACGGCUGGCACCACUGGAGGCAGGGCGAUGAGCAGUGGGACCUGCUGUACAGCAGGGGCGCCGUGGUGGCGGCCAAGAGGCGGGAAGGCGAAGCUCCGGAUCCACCCGGCCGACCUGGCGGGGGCGGCGAGGGCAUCGACCCUCAGGACCGGCCACGCGACCGGCGCCGAGGGCCCCGCGCAGAGGCCUCGGCCCGCCCCCUCGAGCGCCACCGCCGGGAGCCGGCGCGGUGGCACCGCUGCGGUCGGGGCAGGCUCCGCGAGCGCGUCGCCGCGGACCAGCGGCAGCGCCGCACGGGAGACCUCCCCGAGGAAAAAGUGCGGACGCUCACGGCCAGCGGGUUGCAGAACGCAGCCCUCGCCGAUGGCUGUUUGCGAGCCGUGCACCACGUGUCCAGGCCAGAGGCCGCUUCCCGAGGCAAGCCGGUGCCACCGCCAGUGGUGCUGGUGGCACAGCGCCUGGCGAUGCACUGGACCGGCACCAGCGACAGGGAGUGCCGGGCUGCCGAGCAUCGCCCGCAGCGCCGCUCUCGCUCACCCGAGCCGAAGAGCAGGGCGUCCAGGCGAGAGCCGGUGGGCAAGCUGCCUCGCCCCGUGGGGCCGCCGCCCGGGCACGGCACACCAGAGCCUGGCUUCCAGGCUCUAGCCGUGCACCCGUGCUUGCUUGCCACAGAGGAGCCCGAGCGCCCGGCGGCAGCCCAGCACGCGAAGGGCGGCAAGGACGUCUGGGGCGGCGGGGGCAAGCCGAAGAGGACGGCGGAGGCGGAGGCCUCCGCGGGCGAGUCUGCGGCUUCGCAGAAGCCCAAGGAAACGCACCGCGGCGGCCUCAAGUCCAAGAAGGCGCGGGGCCUGGACAAGACCGCCGACGCUGCCGACGCCAGUGAUAAGAGCGGCCACAAAUCCGACGCCGCCAACGAGGAGGACAUCGCGCCCACCCAGGACGCCGCGGAGGAUCCCACCGCGGAAGAACCCGCCACGGAGGAGCCCUCCGCUCACAUCACCCCCGCCGGCUCCGCCACCCGCUCAAGCCGCCCAGGCCACGUCAUGACGAAGCAUGGCAUGCCCACGCUCAUCUACGGCGACGACGGAGGGGAAGACAUGGACUGA